CGUCGUUGUCGAAACCCGUCGCAACGCAUCGUCGUUCCCCCCCCCGCCGGCCAGCCUUUCCUGCAUCGCGCCGGGCAAUUGACACGCUCCUUGCCCACCGGUCAGCUCGAAUGUUGGAGGUGAAAUACACGGAACAGCUUCCAGUGCGCAUCUACGACUUGAUCUACCGCGUUUUGGCCUGAGUCGUGCCGGAGCAGCUUCCGUGCCCCUCAAAAAUCUUCAACACCCUCGCCGAGAGCCACGACAGACGCUGCGCAGCCUUACGCUCGAGACGCCUGCCAUGGAUGCCGCCGCUAGCGGCCCUGGCCCCGAAGCGCGCGCCGCUCCGGUCGACGAGUCGACGACACGAUAUGCCCCGGAGAGCCACGGCGAUGCGGCGCGCGCCCUGGCGGUGCUCUCUGACGGCGACGUCGCCGGGAAGCUCAUCGAGGGCCUCGUUUCGCGCCUAGCGACCACGCCGAGCCCCGAGCCGUCUCCUAUAGCUCCCGCCGCGGACACUGCGGCUGUCGGCCUUGCAGCCCUGGAUGCCUUUCUCCAAGCAAACGUCACCGGCCCCGUUCUGCCCGCCAAAGGCAUCGCGUCUCUCGGAAGUCGUUUCGCCGACGCCUGGGAAUCCGUCCCGAAGAGCUCUAGCCCCAAGGCUUCUCUAUCGAGUCUCCAGCAGCUUCAGAGGGCUUGUCUGACGCACCUCGAAGUGGACGGCGUCGCUCCCUAUGCGCACAUACCCCAACUGGAGCUUUUCGCCCUCGCGAGGCAUGUAUUCGUCGAGGCACUGGCCGGCGAGAGCCAGCAAACGCUGGAGAUUACGUCGCCGUAUCCGAACAAGUCGAGCAGGUACAACCUAGGCUGGUUGAGGAUGCGCGUCGAUGUCUGGCACUACAAGCUGCUCACGCAGCCCAGCUUAGGCCCUGGCUCCAACUUUGCAAAGAGCUCCCAAUGGAGCGACGUACCGACGCUCGCAUCCGCAAUCCUCGACUCCAUGGACGCUUUGAUAGUUCACAUUACCGGCGAGGAGGUGUGGUCGACGAGCGCAGAGUCGUGGAGCUGCGAAGAAAAAGCCCAGCUCCUCGUCGAAGCCGCCAACAACUACAUCCUCCUCGGCCGACACGAAAAGGCAAAGGAGACGCUGCGGCAGGCGGCUCACGCUAGCGGAUUGGAGUAUGCCUUGUCGGGAGCUCUCGGAAAGAGGACGAGGUUCCAGGAGAACAGCACGAGCCAGCUGGUCGUUCUUGCACGCAGCCGCGGCGAAGGCGAAGAGCAAGCGGGACAAGAUGCCGGGCAGGACGAGGAUAUCAAGCCUGAAGCGUUGAAGCUCAACAACGACACGCUCCUGGAAGAGAUUCACUUCACAAAAGAAAACAAUGGCCAUGAGGCCAAGCCGCAAGAUCUCCCUGCCUCGCUGGCCGACCUUUCUCCCGACGACCAGCCACAGCUCUCGCCACUCGAUCAAAUCAUCCUUCUCACGGAAGCGACGCUCAAAGACGCCUUCUCUCCCGCGGACACGCUAACUUCAGAGGAGAUCCUCCCCUUCGCCGUGCGCGUGCUGGCCGACAAGUCGACCAACUGGCAGAUUUACACGCAGGCGCUCCUCGUGCGGUCAAGGAUAGAGGUCCACAGGAGCAGGACGGUCGAGCGCGGUGUUUUGCAGCUGCAGGCCGUCGCGGACCAGGUCCUCACGGAUACCACGGCGCCGCCGAAAAAGCCCGCGGAGCCUCCGAGUCAGGACCCCGAGGGCGACGAGGUGCCGGCUAUACAGGUCACAGCGCCCGGACAAGAAGUCGCUCCCGCAAGCUCGCAGCAGCCGACGUCAUUCCUGCCCGCCCCCAAGGCCGAGGAGUCUGCUCCUGCUCACGUCCGUCUACGUUAUAUCCACGCGCUGUGCACGCCUCCUCGUUGGCACCUCGAAUCGGAGCUCGCCUAUGCGUGGGCCGGAGUCGGCUCCCUGGCGUCUGCUCUCGAAAUCUUCAAGCGAUUGCGCCUGUGGGCCGAGGUUGCGCUUUGUUUGGCCAGUGCCGCUGCCGUCGAGGAUGAGGAUGGUCGCGGAAGCGGUGGGGAAGAGAAGGCCAAGGCCAUCAUACGCUGGCGGUUGUUCCACAAGACCGGGGACGACGGCGCGUCGACAUCGGACCCCGACGACGAGAGAGUAGAGGACGUCACUCGCCUCAGGGUCAGCGACUACGCCGGCCCCGAACGGACCCCCCCUCCUCCCAACGCGCCCCGUCUGUGGUGCAUCCUCGGCGACCUCGACGACGACGCGAAGUACUACGAGCGGGCGUGGGAAAUCUCCAAGCGCCGCUACGCCCGCGCCCAAAAGUCGCUCGGCGAGCACUACCUGCGGCAAAAGGACUGGCAUAAGGCGCACGCCGCGUACAAGCUCGCGACGUCGGUGAACCGUCUCAGCCCGGACAUGUGGAGCCGCCUCGGCGACAUCAACCUGCGCCUGGGCAGGUUCGAGGAGGCCGCCGAGUCGUACUCCCGGUGCAUCGGCAGCGCGACGGACGUGUCCGGCGGCGAGGAUGCCAAGACGUGGAGCAACCUGGGCAGCUCGCUCUGGAGCCUGUACUGCGAGGUUGUCGCCGCCGAGCCCCAGGCGCCCAACGACGACGACACGAGGAGCGACCAAGGAGCAGCGGACAAGGAUGGAGAGCACGAUAGCGACGAUGACGACAGCGUCGCCGCGGGGAGCAAGCGCAAGAGCCCGAGCAAACUGCUCUCCCAGGCGCUCGCUGCGUACAAAAAGGGCGCGUCCAUCGCGCACGACAACUGGCGCAUCUGGGACAACGUCCUCACGCUCGCGUCACGCAUCCGCCCGCCGCCCAUCCCGGACAUUGUCCUCGCGUACAAGCACAUCCUGCGCAUCCGCAAGUCCGAGGACGCCGUCGACGCCGACGUGCUCGCCGCCCUGCUGCAGGACGUGGUCCUGACCAAGGACCGCGACGCGCCCGGCGGCAGCAGCAGCAACAACGACGAGGGCAUCUACGAGCCUCCGCGCGGCUCCACGGAGCGCCUCGUCGCCCGCCUCAUCGAGGAGGAGGUCGUCCCCAUCAUCACGCACCGCCCGGAGCUCUGGGCCCUGACCUCGCGCCUGCGCGCCUGGCGCCGCGACUACACGGGCGCGAUCGAGGCCUCGGAGCGCGCCUGGCGCGCCGCCAUCGGGUCCUCCCCCUCGGGCGGCGUCGCGGGCGGCGCGGGACUCCAGCCGUCCUCGUCCUCGUCGUCAUCGCCCGCCCCGGACUGGACGAGCGACGCCGCCGCCUGGGCCGACGUGGUCAAGCGCACCGACGAGCUCGUCUCGGCGCUCGAGAACUACGGGCCCCGCGCCCGCCCCGAGGCCGUCCGGUGGAAGUCCAAGGCGCGGAGCGCGGUGCGCAGCGUCAUGGGCCGCGGCAGGGAGAGCUGGGAGGGCACCGAUGGGUGGAAGACGCUCGAGGGCCUCAUGGAGGGCCUCAAGGCGGGGGCGGCUUGAGAGAUCGAGGGAG